CUCAAGCACCAAAUUCGUCGAAGAACCUCACAUCCCGAACAGUCCAUCACGAUGCGCUGGUUCAACGCAUCCAACUACCUAGACUCGUUCCGUCCGGUUUAUCUAGCGACCAAAAUUUGUCACAUUCACUUCGAGACAAUCAACUUUCAACAGCAAACGACCAGCCGUAAACUGCAGGACCAAUUCCGAUUCGUUUUAACCAUAUUGCUAGAUAUUUACCUACUGUACUCCAGUUUUAAAAGCAGUGAUGUCUUCUUAGAAGCAACUGAUUCCACUCUAAUCAAUGUUGGCUGGUACUGCACCGUACUUGCGUUACACUUGUUUUCCUUUCAGUUGCCUUUGUGGAAUCGCUACAAGUAUCGGGAAAUGUUUCAAAUUUUCGAAAACGUUGUCCACUGUGAUCGAGAGCUGCUGAAGUUGGGAGUGUACGUGAAUCAUCGUAAGCAUCACUUCAUCAGUACAGUUUACAUUUGUACUAUACUGUUCUUCGUGUCAUGGUUUACAAUCGGGUUUGGACUAAUACGAAUCACCGGUUGCUGUCAAUACUAUCACGAUAUAAUAUCUUAUGAUCUAAUGAUCGUAGCUUUGGGACGGACAAUGGCCAAUAUACAAAUAUUUAUCUGCUACAGCAAUUUGAUGCUACUUUCGAUAAGGGAACGAUUCGUCAAGCUUCAGGAAGCUAUCAGGUAAUAAUUGAAUUCCUUGAAUGUUCUGAAUAUUAUGAUUAAUACGGUUUAUCCUGACAGAAGACACCAUCGCAUGUUUAUGCAACCUGCAUCGAUCAAUUCCGAACAAACUUGUGUUAUUCGAAAAUUUGCCGAAAUGCAUGAUCAACUAAGCGAUACAGUUCAGCUGUUCAACUGUUGCUACUCCGAUCACAUAGCAUACAUCCUUACCGUGUUAUUGGCAUUCAUAAUUGUCGCCAUCUUUGGACUGAUUCAUUCGUUUGCAUCCAGCGCAAACCAGGUUACAGUUUUCAUGUCGUGGAAUAACUUGUUCUACGCCUCGUUGUACUCUCAAUUGAUUGUGCAAAUGAUUUUGUUUUCCAGUCGUUAUCCUCGAUUAAACUUUCAGAGCAAGCGGACUGCAGUCGAGAUUCACAAGGUCAGCUGCUAUAAGACGUACGACAGGCGGGUUCUCGAAGAACUACGCUGUUUAUCGCAACAGAUGUGGCAUCGUGAUCCCAAAAUUUCCUGCAGCUUCUUCGACUUGGAUUGGACCCUUCUCUAUGCGGUUUGAUUUGGAAAUUCUGUCAUAAACGCAUUUGUCAAUUGUUUCUUUUUUCCCAUAGAUGGCUGGAUCGUUUACUACAUAUAUCGUUAUCCUGCUGCAGUUUGAUUUGGUCAACUUCACUUAGCUAUAUGAAUACAAGUAAUAAAUUAUAAGCAUUCCCGAGCCUAAUAAGUAAUUCAAACCACGUAGAAACGGCUCCAGGAAAUUAUUACUGCAAUCAAUGAAAAUAAUGUAUGUACAUAAACGCACCCCUUCCGUGCCGUAGCUACUCUUUACUCGCCAUGCGUUGGUUCAAGGUGCACAGUUAUUUCGACUCCAUCCGGCCGCUCUAUCUAGCGACAAAGCUCCUCCACUUUGACUUUGAAUCUAUCGAUUUCGAGAACCGAAUACACCACCGGACCCUUCCCGAUCAGUUCCGGUUCAUCCUGACGCUUUUAGCAGAUGUCUACCUCACUGUCCAAGGUGUCCAAAGCAGUUUGGCUUAUCUCCGUCUCACGGAUUCAGUGCUCGUUAACGUAGGAUGCUACUCGGCAAUUGUGUCAACCUACUUCUUCGCUCUGGCCCUGGCUCCGAAGAUGCGACUCGCAGCGAAAGCUAAAUUCCAGAUAUUCACGAACAUUGAAGAGCUCGAUGUCGAACUGCAAACACUGGGUGUGAAUGUCAACCAUCAAAAGCAUCACUUCAUAUGUACCGUGAACUCGUGUUUAUGGAUGAACAUGGGACUGUUCGUUCUGAUUGUAGCAUGUACUUGCCGCUCCAGCGAUGACUGGCUCGAUUUAUCCGAGAUGUUUCCGGAUUGGACGGCGAUACUGGUCAUGUUCAGGUCAUCUACUAGUCUUGGAAUGUUUACAUGUCUCUACUGUUUGACGUUGCUGUCGGUCAAAAAUGUUUUCGAUAAGCUGCAUGAAGCUACCGAGUGAGUAUCAUCCGAUUAACUUAAAUGCCAGAGUUACGAUUUCACUACUUCCCAGAAAAUGCCUUACAACAACAACUCCAGCUAAACCAGAACACACUUGUCAUCUAAUUCGGAAGCUCGCCGGUAUGCACGAUCUUCUGAGCGAUACGGUUGACCUGUUCAAUCACUGCUACGGCAUUCAAGCACUUCACGCUCUGACAUCUGCCUUCAGUUUCACAGUGUUCACCUGGUUCAGUUUGAUACAUGCUUAUGCCGGCAAUGUGGACGACACUAACCUUCGAAUCGCGUGGGCCAACGUAAUGUACGAUGGGUUCUUCCUCGUCCUCGCUUUGCAGAUGAUCGUAAUGGCCGGCAUCGUCAACGAUAAGGUAUGUAAGGCGUUAUUGUCAAUCUUUGUGUAAGCAUUUAGCUUGAAUCUUGGUCAAUACAGUGCAAACGGACGUCGACCCUAGUCCACAAGGCAAUCUCCUAUGGAUCUUACCAUCGAAGAAUAGCGAAGGAAUUGAGGAUCUUCUCGCUUCAGCUGCGGCAUCACACACCGAAGGUCUCGUGUGUUUUGUUCGAUCUGGAUUGGAUUAUGCUGUAUACGGUUCGAAACUAGAACUGUAGUUCGAGAAACUCUCUAGAUAAUUUCUGUUUUCCUGUUUCCGCAGAUGACCGGGUCGUUUGCUACGUAUUUGGUAAUGCUGCUCCAGUUUGACCUGGAAAAUCUCAGCUACGGGUAGAGCGGUUGUGCAAUUGUGGACCUUUAUGUUUUUUCCCUUGAUUUUGUU